AUGGAAGGUCAUAGUGAGAUGGGUCUAAUUGGAGAGAGUUUUGAUACUAGUAAUUUGCUGGGGAGGAUGAGGGAUGAUGACUAUGAAAGCCGGUCUGGAAGUGAUAAUUUUGAUGGUGGAUCUGGUGAUGAUCAAGAUGCUGGAGAUGAUCAGCCACAGAGAAAGAAGAAGAAAUACCAUAGACACACUCCUCAACAAAUUCAGGAGCUUGAAGGGUUCUUCAAGGAGUGUCCUCAUCCUGAUGAGAAGCAAAGAACAGAUCUUAGUAAGAGGCUUGGCUUGGAGAAUAAGCAAGUCAAGUUCUGGUUUCAAAACCGACGAACCCAAAUGAAGACACAACUGGAACGCCAUGAGAACAUGGUUCUUAAGCAGGAAAAUGACAAGCUCCGAGCUGAGAAUGGUGUAAUGAAGGAAGCUUUGGCAAAUCCUAUAUGUAACAACUGUGGUGGUCCAGCCAUUCCUGGUCAAAUUUCAUUGGAGGAGCACCAGACUAGAAUUGAGAAUGCUCGACUGAAGGAUGAACUGAAUCGAAUAUGUACAUUGGCAAACAAGUUUCUGGGCCGGUCCCUCUCAUCACUGGCCAGUCCCAUGUCUCUGCCACCGACAAAUUCUGGUCUAGAGCUUGCUAUUGGAAGAAAUGGAAUUGGUGGUUCAAGCAAUUUCGGCAUGCCCUUGCCUAUUGGAUUUGAUGUGGGAGAUGGAGUUUUGGGCUCCUCGCCUGCAAUGCCUAAUAUGAGUGUUAGAUCACCAAUGGGAAUGAUGGGAAAUGAAAUCCAUCUUGAGAGAUCUAUGCUUAUAGAUAUUGCAGUAAAUGCUAUGGAUGAAUUAGUCAAGAUGGCUCAACAAGAUAGCCCACUUUGGAUUAAGAGUUCUGAUGGCAGGAAUGAAGUACUGAAUCAUGAGGAGUAUGCAGGAAUGUUUUCUGCUUAUGCUGGAGCAAAACCUGCUGGUUAUGUAACUGAAGCUACAAGAGCAACUGGAGUUGUAUUAGCCAGCAGUUUGGGCCUUGUGGAAACAUUGAUGGAUGUGGAUCGAUGGUUGGAGAUGUUUUCAUGUAUGGUUGCUAGUGCUUGCACUUUGGACGUAUUAUCUAGUGGUACGGGUGGAACAAGAAAUGGCGCUUUGCAAGUGAUGCUGGCGGAGGUUCAAUUGCUUUCUCCACUAGUGCCUGCUCGUCAAAUGAGUUUCCUCAGGUUUUGCAAGCAGCAUGCCGAAGGUGUAUGGGCUGUGGUUGAUGUUUCCGUUGACAUUAUUCGAAAUGCUUCCAAUUCACAUCCAUUAAUGAGCUGCAGGAGGCUUCCUUCUGGGUGUAUUAUUCAGGAUAUGCCCAAUGGUUUGUCCAAGAUUACUUGGGUGGAACAUUCCCAGUAUGAUGAGAGUGUGAUCCACCAACUUUGUCGCCCAUUGGUUAGUUCUGGCAUUGGCUUUGGUGCUCACAGAUGGAUUGCUUCUCUCCUGAGGCAGUGUGAGUGCUUGGCAAUCCUCAUGUCGCCUUCUGGUCCAUCUGACGACCCCACUGUCAUUAGCCAACCCAAUAGGAGAAGCGUGAUGAAGCUCGCACAACGCAUGACUGAGUACUUCUGCUCAGGGAUCUGUGCUUCAUCUGCGCGCAAAUGGGAUGUCCUUCACAUUGGUAAUCUGGCUGAUGACAUGAGAAUCAUGGCCCGGAAAAUUGUGGAUGACCCAAAUGAGGCUCCUGGAAUUGUGCUGAGUGCUUCAACUUCUGUCUGGAUGCCUGUGUCACGGCAAAGGUUGUUUGACUUUCUGCGUAAUGAACAGUUGAGAGGCGAAUGGGACUUGCUGUCCAAAGGUGGUCCAAUGAAGGAGAUGCUCCAUGUUCCUAAAGGACAAGACCAUGGAAACUGUGUUUCCAUCCUUCAUUAUGCUAAUAACGAGAGCAACGUGCUAUAUCUGCAAGAGUCAUGGACUGAUGCCACCGGCUCCAUGGUAGUGUAUUCCCCGAUCAACAUGCAGUCCUUGAACAUGGUGAUGAAUUGUGGAGAUUCAUCGUUCGUUGCUCUCCGUCCGUCAGGCUUUGCUAUUCUGCCAGAUGGCCACUCAAACAACGGUGACGGCAGUGAUGGUAGCGGCAACUGCUUGCUAACAGUUGGGUUACAAAUGUUACAGAAUGGCAACCAGUCAGCUAAGUUCACAAUGGAGUCAGUUGAAACGGUUAAUUCCCUCAUCUCAUGCACCAUUCAGAAGAUCAAAGAUGCACUAGGAGUUGCAUGA